AUGUCUUCGUGGUUUGCCUUGAAAUUCCCAAAAAUCGCAAUAUAUAUUGAUACCUGGAGGGACUGUUAUGAAGCUUACGUGAUCUAUAACUUUAUGAUCUUCUUUAACAACUAUUUAACAAUACGGUUGCCAAACGUGAUACUACACCUGGAAUCUAAAGAUCAGCAACAGCAUCUCUUUCCAUUCUGCUGCUGUCCACCAUGGGUGAUGGGAGAAACGCUGCUCUUUCGAUGCAAGCUGGGAGUCCUGCAGUACACUCUAAUCAGACCAAUUACCACUCUUACAGCAUUGGUAUUUGAGCUUGUUGGUGUCUAUGGCAAAGGGAACUUAGGUUUCUCCAAUGCUUGGACUUACUUGGUUAUAAUAAAUUAUUUGUCACAACUGUUUGCCAUGUACUGCCUCCUGCUGUUUUACAACGUGCUGAAGGAAGAGCUCAGCCCUAUAAAACCCGAUGGCAAAUUUCUUUGUGUCAAACUGGUAGCCUUUGUCUUGUUUUGGCAAGCAGGCCUUAUAGCACUGUUGGUGAAGGCAGGAGUGAUUUCUGAAAAGCCUUUAGGGGAAUGGCAGAGCGUGGAAGCUGUGGCCAUGGGCCUGCAGGAUUUCAUAGUCUGCAUUGAAAUGUUCCUUGUAGCCAUUGCCCAUCAUUAUUCAUUUUUCUAUAAACCCUACCUGCAAGAGGCAGAGGAAGUUUCACACUUUGGCUCUUUCCUGGCUAUGUGGGAUGUGUCAGAUGUCAGAGAUGAUAUUUCUGAAAAGUAA